AUGGCCGCCCCGUCGCUCCACCCGCUCAUCGACAACGGCCUCACCAAGGGCGACGCGGACCUCGCCGGCGGCGUCCUGCGCUGCCACUGCGCCGACCGCCCCGUCGAGGUCACGCUGACCAGCAACGUGCUCCACAACCACGCCUGCGGCUGCUCCAAGUGCUGGAAGCCCGCGGGCGCCCUCUUCUCUGUCGUCGGCGUCGUCCCCCGGGACGCGCUGUCCGUCACGGCCAAUGCGGCCAAGCUGCAGGUCCUCGACCCGGCCGCCGCCAUCCAGCGCCACGCCUGCACGGCCUGCGGCGUCCACCUCUACGGCCGCAUCGAAAAGGACCACCCGUUCCACGGCCUCGACUUUGUGCACGCCGAGCUGGCCGCGACGCCGGGCCGCUGGCAGGCGCCGCAGUUUGCGGCGUUUGUGUCGUCGCUGAUUGAGCAGGGGUUUGCGCCGGCGGGCAUGGACGCGGUGCGCGCGAAGCUGCGCGGCGUCGGCCUGGAGCCGUACGACGCGCUGUCGCCGGCGCUGAUGGACGCGAUGGCGACGUGGACGGCGAAGCGGUCGGGUGCGCUGCCGGAGGAGUAG